GGUCGCCCGCUUUAAAAAAAAGAAGAAGAAGAAGAAAGCUAGUCUUUCCGACGACAGCGCGGUGUAAGAAACAUCAAGGCUCUACUGAUUGAAUAUUUUUUUAUUGAGCAAGUAUACACAGAUUAACGCGUUGGGUAUUUAAUAUGAUGGAAACACAUGCUCGGAAUUGGUCUUCUUAACCUCUUUGUGGUGAGAUACCAAUUUUUUGGAACUGCCUUUGACAUGGGAUAUGACAGUGUGUUAAAAAAAAUUAACUUGUAAUACAGACUGUCUGUGGCUGGCAUACUAAGAAUUGUAGUUUCUCAGAUUAAUUUCCUUAUAGAGAGAAAAGCCUUCCCAGCUGGAAAAAAUCAAGCUCACACUCAAGGAGGGAAUAAACAUUGCUCCAAAUGGAGUCUGGUUCGGUUGGAAUCGUUGGCAUUGAGGAAAUUGUGACAGUAUGAUGAAUCUGCAGAUUCCAUGCUUAGUGAGCAAUCUAAGAAAAGAGACUUGUUAAACCCUGGGUUUUUAUUGUUGAACAGAAUGAGGAGAAUCCACAUGAAGGGAGAUGUGCUUUGCACCCUCAUCUUGCUGGUAUUAGUCUGUAUUUUGUGGUAUGCCCACCAGAGUUUAACACCUAUCUGGGAGACGGUGCGUAUCGAACAUGUCUCUAGCAGCUCUCGAGCCCUUCUUGGAGCACCAACAAAAGGAAUCUCGCUACCCUCUCAAACUUCUUGUUUACUUCAUUGUGAUCAUGAGCCUACACUCCAGGUGCAAACCAAAUCUAAACCACGGACUAAAUUAAAAUCUCCAAAAAGCCAAGUUAAAUCAAAGAAAAAAGAUGGGAGGAAAAAAGCGACAGCGAAGACUACUACUGUGCCCACUCUUCCUCAGUUUGACUUUGAGAAUUACCUUCGCAUGAAGGACCAGCGGGAGUUCAAGGUGCUCAUUGACCAGCCAGAGAAAUGUAAAGGACCUAAAGGUGCACCAUAUUUACUGAUUGCCAUUAAAUCAGUCGCAGUAGACUUUGACAAGCGACAGGUUGUGCGACACACCUGGGGCAGAGAAGGUGUAACCCAGAAAGGAAUGAACAUCGUGACUGUUUUUCUUCUUGGAGUGCCCCAGAAUGUUACGGCGCUUCCCUUGUGGGACAGGUUGUUGGCAUACGAGAGCCACAUGUUCAAGGACAUCCUGCUCUGGGACUUUGAGGACACGUUCUUUAAUCUGACACUUAAAGAAACUCACUUCCUCCAAUGGGUCAACUCAAGCUGUUCGAACGUGCAGUUCAUUUUCAAGGGUGAUGCGGACGUCUUUGUGAACAUCGAAAACAUUCUGGAAAUGCUCGGCGGUAGACCAGCUGGUGAGGAUCUUUUUGUCGGAGACAUCAUCUUCCACGCAAAACCAAUUCGCAGACGUAACAGUAAAUAUUUUGUUCCUGAAUUUAUAUAUGGCCAGGGGAUUUAUCCUUCAUAUGCAGGAGGCGGAGGCUUUGUCAUGUCAGGCCACACUGCACUUAGGUUGCAUAUGGCCUGCAAGGAAGUGGAACUCUUCCCCAUAGACGACGUCUUCCUAGGAAUGUGUCUGCUCAGGAUCGGACUUAAACCGAGCCGCCACGAGGGUUUCCGUACCUUCGGAAUCGUGCGUCCAUCGGCAGCGCCACACCUGCAGGUGUUUGACCCAUGUUUCUACCGAGAGUUGAUGGUGGUGCACAGCCUGAAUGUGCCACAGAUCUGGCUUAUGUGGAACCUCCUACAUGACCCCAGCGUACGCUGUCAUACUAAUCAAGCUCAUACAGCGGAACCAUUCAAGUGGAUAAAAAACACCGCUGAACAAGUUGAGACUGAGGAAUCUGCUAAUGCUGACUAUGACAUGCAAGUGUUUGUGAAGCACUGAGAAGUUCAUGCUGUGAAAUGUAGGUAAAGACUGAAGACCUGAAUGUAUAGGGUUUGUUAUUGACAGUUUCAGCCCAGAUAUAAUAUUUCUAAACAUCCACUGUUUAUAAUUGAACAAGAAUCACAAUAUCCUAGUGUUCGAAAAGGAAUUUUGUCCCCUGGCUACUGAUGGCACUGUUAUGAUUUAUAAAAGCAAACUGUGGAGGCCAGUGAUGUUGUGAAUAUCAUUUUUUAGGGACAGUAAAGUCCAUGGGAACAGAGCCAGUUCUGCUUUACUAAAGCCCAUUAGUUAAUCAUAACGAUAGGAAUGUGGAAUACUGUAGAUACUCAAAUUGUACCACUUAUCACGGUUACUCAAAAUAAGCAUGGUUCUAAACUUUACAGUUAACUUUGUUGGAAACUGCUGUAAAUAAAAGCUACUAAAGCACGAGGGUGAAAAUGCUGUUUGUGCCAGAGCACUGAAGUUGAGCAUGCACUAUGUACAGUAUGUAAGGUUUUCUUUUUCCAUAUUUCCAUUAAAAUGAAAAGGAAAAAAAACCCAAA